AUGACUUGUUUGCAAGAGAAGUCGAGGCAAACAAGAAAUUUAGUAUUAUACUGGAUGUACUUAGAGUUAUGGGGGCAUGAGGGGACAAAGCCUGAGCUAUGGGGGCAUGAGGGGAUAAAGCCUGAGCUAUGGGGGCAUGAAGGGACAGAGGAUGCGCUAUGGGGGCAUGAGGGGACAAAGCCUGAGCUAUGGGGGCAUGAAGGGACAGAGGAUGAGCUAUGUGGGCAUGAAGGGACAGAGGAUGAGCUAUGUGGGCAUAAGGGGACAAAGCCUGAGCUAUGGGGGCAUGAGGGGACAAAGCCUGAGCUAUGGGGGCAUGAAGGGACAGACAAUGCGCUAUGGGGGCAUGAGGGGACAGAGGAUGAGCUAUGGGGGCAUGAAGGGACAGAUGAUGAGCUAUGGGGGCAUGAGGGGACAAAGCCUGAGCUAUGGGGGCAUGAGGGUCAAAGCCUGAGCUAUGGGGGCAUGAGGGGACAGAGGAUGCGCUAUGGGGGCAUGAGGGGACAGAGGAUGAGCUAUGGGGGCAUGAAGGGACAGAGGAUGAGCUAUGUGGGCAUAAGGGGACAAAGCCUGAGCUAUGGGGGCAUGAGGGUCAAAGCCUGA